AUCUGCCUUCUGUACGUGUACUGUAAUAUAAUACCAGAUCGCGGCGCGGCUAUCGCAUCAGGAAACUGUGCAUGUGUGUAUUGUGUAUGUUUGUGCAUGUGGCACGUGUGUGCAUGUGCUGCUCGAUUUACUUAUACGCGCUCAACCUAUCAUCUAAAAAUAGAAAAUAUGAAUACAUAAUUAGGUACAAGUCUAACGUAACCGAGUCUACAUAUUCUGCACGAACUUCGCCCGAUAUCGAGCUUCUGCAGAAGUGAAGGAAAACAUUGUGUUUGACUCCAAUAAACCAAAGGCUGCAACAGAGAUCAACACCAUGAAGCGCCCUUUAGAAGACGAUGAUGAACCCAUGCAAGAUGAGGCAGAAGGUGAAGAAGAUGGUACCGGAGAGGGGAAAGACUCCAAGAAACCAAGAAGGAAGAAGAAGAAGACAGUACCAGGACCACGUCUACCAAAGAAUGCCUUGAUGCAGCUCAAUGAGAUCAGACCUGGACUUGCCUUCAAGACUGAAUCUCAGACAGGGCCAGUCCAUGCUCCCACGUUCGUUGUCUCUGUCGAGGUGAAUGAUCAGCUGUUUGAAGGCACUGGCCGUAGCAAGAAAACCGCUAGAAUGCAUGCUGCAGAGCUAGCACUCAAGUCUUUUAUCCAGUUUCCCAAUGCAAGUGAUGCUUAUCAAGCUCUUGGUAGGUAUCAAUUCACUGCAGAUUUUACAUCAGACCAACCAGAAGUCCAUGGUGGCUUCAAUCCUUUUGAUGCUGACCAAGAGCGCCCUGUGACCCCACCAAGCAUGAUGAAGGCAGUACUAGCUGACAAAACACAAAACAGUCCUGAUGUGAUGGAUGUGAAAGUAGAGCAGGGUCAAAAUUCACCACUGGCAAAGAAGAAAGAACAACCCUCUGGGAAGAAUCCUGUGAUGAUCUUGAAUGAACUCAAACCAGGACAGAAAUAUGAAAUAAUAGAAGAGACUGGUCAGAGCCACUCCAAGAGUUUUACUAUGUCCCUGACCAUAGAUGGUAAGAAUUUCCAGGGCACUGGACGCAACAAGAAACUUGCCAAACAGCGGGCGGCCCAAGCUGCCCUUAUUGCUCUCUUUGAUAUGAAUCCCGUCCUGGCUCCAGAUCUUCAGCCAAUCACAAAUGAAGAAACAUCAAGCCAUGCCUUGGCUUUGGCAGACCAUGUCCACAAGUUGAUCCUAAACAAAUUCUGUGAAUUGACCAAUGGCUUCCAGUCCCCAGUUGCCAAGCGCAAGGUUCUAGCUGGCAUUGUGAUGACAAGAGGUGAGACCUUAGAGAACUCUAGUGUGAUAGCAAUCUCUACUGGUACAAAAUGCAUCAAUGGAGAGUACAUGUCAGGGCAAGGCUUAGCCCUCAAUGACUGUCAUGCUGAGAUCAUAUCUAGACGGUGCCUCAUCAGGUACUUGUACUCCCAGUUGAAGCUGUUCCUCGACAAUCAAGGAGACAGCUCAAUCUUUGUUCCACACCCAUCCAGCAGAGGAUACAAGCUUCGUAGCGAGAUCAAAUUUCAUCUUUAUAUUAGUACUGCACCUUGUGGAGAUGCACGCAUCUUCUCCCCUCAUGAGUCAUCCUGCAGUGAAGAGCCAACUCCAGAUAGACAUCCAAACCGACGAGCCAGGGGUCAGCUGAGGACAAAGAUUGAGUCUGGGGAAGGAACUAUCCCUGUGAAAUCCGGACCUUCCAUACAGACCUGGGAUGGAGUGCUUCAAGGGGAGAGGCUACUUACUAUGUCCUGCAGUGACAAGUUGGCCAGAUGGAAUGUACUUGGUGUCCAGGGAUCUCUCUUAACUAAUUUCAUUGAGCCUAUCUACCUGAGCAGCAUCAUUCUUGGAUCACUCUAUCAUGGUGACCAUCUUUCCAGGGCCAUGUUCUCUCGUCUCUCUACCAUUGAAGACUUACCAGCUGGCUACAGUCUCAACAAGCCACUCUUGAGUGGUAUCAGCAAUGCAGAAAGUCGCCAACCGGGCCGGGCACCAAAUCAUAGCGCCAACUGGACCUUUGAUGACCCCUGCCUGGAAGUUAUCAACACCACAACAGGCAAGAAUGAGACUGGACAACCCUCACAACUCUGCAAGGCUGGCCUCUUCAGCCACUUCAAGCAGAUCUACAACAGGAUUUCCAUGAUCACCAAUCCUGGAGCACAGCUGGCAAGUUCUUAUGAGGAAGCUAAGCACAUGUCUACUGAUUUCCACAAAGCCAAACAGGUAAUGACAAAGGCCUUUUUGAAGAGUGGGUGUGGUAACUGGAUAGAAAAACCACUUGAACAAGACAUGUUUGAGUAAGUACAUUUAGGGCAAAAAAAAAUUGUACGUAUUUUCUGCAUAUUUUCUCCAGCAUUUGUCGAGUUUUGUAAACAGGUUAUAAAUAUGUUAGUAAGAUGGUGUUAUGUAAGUGCAGCAUAUCAAUCAAUGGAAAAGAACGUUUUUUAUAAUGCUAGAAAUUUGAAUCUAUUAUGCUGUUGCAUCUGAAAUUCAUAAAAAUACUGUAUGUUUUUAAGUGUUAUGGUAUUUUGUAUAUGGAUAGAAUUAGAUAGGAUUUAGAUUUCCUGUAUGUUUUUGGAUGAAAGCAGAACCAAAAGAAUCUCCAUCAGCAUUACUGUUUUAAGGCUUGAAGAGCAUUGUCAGCUUUUUUGUAUGCAUGAUGUAACAAAUUUUGUAAAUAAUGUAAUGGUAUCUAUAUUGAUUUCUUGUAAUUUCAUAUUUGUAUCUUUAUUGAUUUUUAUAAAAUACAACAUACUGUAAUUUCACACUGCUGCGUUAAGCAGUAUUAGUCAAUGCAUGGUCCUCCCUUGCUUUUAUGGACCCUACAUGUACCUAUUGUACCUGAUAAAAAUCACUCUCAUAAUAUGUGCAUGUUUUUGCGCAAAUCAAAAUCAAUUUAUGGAGCUAAGAUAUCAUAUCAGUAUCUUUCGCAGGAAGUGCUGUAGUGUUAAAUGAUAGGAAUUUAAGCGUAUUCAAACGUGUUGCCUUACAUAUACGUGCAUAAUAAUAAUUUUAUGAAAAAUGUAUUAAGCAAUCAUGAAAAAAGUUUUUAGGUGUUUCCAACCAGCACCAACCAAAAAGAAAAAACCUGUAGGUGUAGUGUGAUAGUAAACCCACAUGAUGUACACGUGUAGGUGUUUAACUGUGUUCUGCAGCCCCAACACCAAACUUUCAAUCACCUUGUGUAAAUGUAUUAUGCAGUGUGAACUUGAUUGGCAUUCUAGUUCAUGAAACAGAUUACAAUUAUAGUUAUAGCCAUGCGGAUGUAAUCCAUUAUAUGCAUACUAUAUUAAACAUAUGUGAUUGCAUGAGGUCCCCUAAAUAGGGAUGGUGGGUGGACCGUAUAGAGAGAGAGAGAGAGAGGAUGACUCUCAGCUCUACGUGGAAGAAUGUAUGUACAUGGCUCAGCAAAGGAAGAUGAGGAAUUGAUGAUACGUAAGAGACCCAGAGGUUCAGUAAUCAUCCAUAUACACUGUACAUGUACUCUUUGUACUUCAUGAUGUUAAGUUUAAUUUUUCUUGUGAAUGCCUUAAUAAAUCUCAGCUGUCGCUCUGUCACUCUCUGAGUCCAGAAAAAAUAUAAAAAACAUGUAUUUUGAUCAUAUACAUGUACCAACUGCUAGUCUUUCUACCUUUCAUUGUUAUGAUUCUAGAUUGAUAACCUGUUGACUUCUGAAUUCUGUAUCCCCAUAUAAUUUAUUCAUGGACCACCCAGUUCAAGAGGACAAUAGAUUAAUACACCCUUCACUCCCUGAUUCUCUUCCAUUUCCUUCCUUUGACAUCUUCAUAUUUCUCUUGUAGGAAUAACAUGUAACCUUCAUCGCUGGUUGUCCCCAGUCCACUUCUUUCUCUCUUCUUGCUCUCAACUCCAUGACUUUUUUCUCCAGCUUAAUCUCGCACUUGAUACAAAGUGUAUUAAAGCAUCAUAUCCACUUGUGUUUUUUUUAUUACAUGCAGUUAAGUAUUUAUUUUAGACUUUUAUGAGCACUAAAAUAGCAUUUUCCAACAUCAUUACAAGAUUUCAAUAUUCAUGAAGUAUAGAUUUUCCUUCAAUUUUGUAGCAUGUUUCCUGCCACUGCCAGAAGUUACACAGCACAAGAAGAGCAUUAAGAGCUGAGUUAGAUUCAGGGUUUUCUCAUUUCAAACUUUAAACAGGAGUAAAUCAUAUUGCUCAUCAUUCAGGUUUUGAUUCAGAGUGUAUAACAGUUAACAUAGUCUUUUUUCCAUCCAUUGUAGACAUAUAAUGUUUCUGCAAAAGUUUGUGUUACUGUUUUGAGAGGGUGUUUGUAGCUCCCAGAAUCUUCUGAGAGGCCACUUUAUAUUUGGAAUGGCAUGCAGAUAUGUGUUUGGCUCUGUGCCCCACCUUGGGUACUAAGUUUCUGCAUCACUUGUGCAAUUCACCUCGUCUCACAUCACAACAGUUCACUAUGUAUCAAAAUGUCACGUCCUAAUGUCUCAGCUAUAAAAGACUCCUUUCCGUUGUGUUGCGGGAGGUCUUUCUUCUUCUCAUCAAUUUGAUGAUGCACAGAUACUUUUACAUCUUAUAUCAACAUUUUUGCUGUCCACAUAUUUGUAAUGUAGUGUUUCAAUGCAAACUUUUACUUAAAAGUAACUGAAUUUAUUUUUAAUGUAAUGCAUGUUUUAAAAGCAGUGAGUUCGAGUCAGUUACUCAGAAGAGAAUCAGAUGUAGUACAUAAUUUUAGAUUGAUUACAUUCAUUUGAUCUGAUUUGAUGUUUUAUUUGUAAAAGAAGAGACAUUUUAGUUUUGGUUUUUAAUGGUUUAAAAGGGUCAAUAAACACUGAGUAGUGCAGGCAUGUAUAUUUUGUCUGAAUGUAUGUCUUUUUGUGUUUUAUACACAUCACUAUAGUCGAUUUGGAUGAACUGUUAUUUUAAUUUUUUUUAUUGCGUAUUUAGUAUUUGUCAUCAAGACCUGUAGUGAAACUGGUAACUAAAGUUAACACCAAGCCCUUCUUCAUUGGAAGACAUGUGAGCAUAGCCCCAUAGUUAAUUUGAUACCCUUGAUGAAUAUAAGAUGGGAUGCAUCUUUAAUGUCAUGACAAACAUGAUUAGUUAUAGUUCUCCCUAUCUGGAAAGGUAAACGACAAUGAGGAGGGGGUUAAAGACAAGGAAGGAGGUGUACACAGGGAAAGAGCUUCAGAUUCUAUUGUAGGUUUAAGCUAAGAGAACAUGUAAAUCAUAGGAGGGGUAAGAAAAGAAUUAGAAAGAUGGAUACGUCAUAAGAUCAGGAGAAUGAUAGUAGAAGUAAGGCAGGAGAAGGGUACGGUGAAGGAGAGUAGGAUGAAAGAGAAGGGGUUAAAAGCUUUUUUUUUUAAAUGGGGGGGGGGGGGGGUGAGUUAAGCAAGAUUACUAUAAUAAAUAUUUUUUUAUGAACCCUUUACAUAAAGUGUGGAACCAAAAUUAUAAAUAUUUGAUAACUUUUGAAAAUAACUUUUAUUUCAGGAAAAUGCUGUUUGUAAAAUGUAAAAUGAAAGUUCUGUUGGUAUUGCCUGAAUUGUAAAUGUUUUUGUCCUUGAUUAAAUGUAAUGUUAUGUCAGUGUUUUGAUGUGUUAUUUAUCAAGAAGUUUUCCAGAUUGAAUAUAUUAUAUGGAACUCUAAGAACUUAUUACCAAAGCCUGUGAAUCAGAUACAAUCAUUCCCAUUUUCAUAAAGAUUGUUUGCAGUGAUAAUAUAAUCUUUUGUUUAGCCCAAUUUUGAUAACCCAAUAUAGAUAUUCCCAAUUGAAUGGGUUUAUAGAACAGAGUGACAAUAUGUCACAUGUGUCUCAAUAUGAGAAAGUAGUAUGCAAAACUUUAAAAGCUGUCAUAAAGAUUUUAAGUUGAAAUUGUAUCACUUUCUUUCGUACUAUGGCAAUGUCAGUUUGAAAAAGUAAUAAUGUCAAAAUGAGUUUCUUGUAAACUUGCUCUUAAGUCAAACGUUUAAAUUGAAAUUGUAAGGUGUUACUCGCAGGAGAUGCAAUUCAUAAUUCUAAAUCUAUCCCAGAGGAAAACCGUUGGUCGGGGGGAGGGGAGGGGGAAGUCACUCACAUUACAUUUACACGUAUAGAUGUAUGUGCUACAAGCACAUCCACAAAAAAGUGUUGAAAAGGGUCUUGUUUUCAGCCUGGUGUUCAAUAUGACCCCUCCCCUUUGUCUGCAGACACUUGGAGGUGUGGCCAAUAUGACCCUCCCAGGCUCUCCCCCUUUGUCUGUCAAUACUUGGAGGCGUGUUCAUUAUGAUACUUGGAGGUGUGUCCAGUAUGACCCUCCCCAUUUGUCAACGGUCACAUGUUUUCCCAUCUUUCAUAGAGGUGUGAGCAACUGUAACAGAUACAUAUAUGAAUACCAUCACGUAGAAGACACACUCAUCCAUGGUGUAUCAAUGACUAGGCACUAGCUAUGUUUCCAAUUCGUCAGUCAAGACUGGUGUCCGGUUAUGACCAUGAUGGAGUUACCACCCCUCUUUAUAUAUGGCACUCUGUAUAGUGUUUGCUUUAAGGAAAUUGAGGUACAUAUCUGUAAUUUUAUAUAUCCUCAAUUAAUAAACAUAUCUUUUAAUGACAGUUUCUUUUAUGAAUGGAUUCUCCAUUUGGCAUUUUCAUAUUACAGUUUUACAGUGUACAAUAUAUGUUUGUAGCAUUUUGGGACACUCGCAUCGUUAAAUCUUGUUGAUACUGAAAAAUAAAAAUAAUUUAAUCUGUAUUGUUUCCAAUUAAUCAUUUCUGCAAAUCAUUUCUGCAAAUGUGAAAUGUAAAAAUUUUGAUAGAAAAUGUUACAGAUUUAGUUAGGAAACAGUCAACAUGAUUUUCUUUGUCUCUUUAGAAAAAUAUGUAUGUAGUAAGACAGUAUGUCAGUGUUAAGCUGAUAAAUAUAAAAAUACACUAGUAGGCAAGUUUUUUGGGCAGCUUAUCAAUUAUUUAUUUGUCUUAUAAAUGCGAGCCUUGGAAAUGGGAUUUAUCAUGUUACUCAACAACCAGGAUUUUAUGAUUUCUAAUGUGAAGAGAGUUGUUAUUACAUGGGUUGGUAUGUAGAAAGGAUAGAUUAUUUCAUUUAUCCCAGAUUAAUGCACACAUUUGACUUUUUAUUUCCAAUUAAUUUGCACCUAUAAGAAUUAAUAGAUUAAUGUUUAGAAACCUAGGACUCUUGAUGCUAUUGUGAUUUCUUUGUUUGCAUCUUAAUUGUCCAUUAUUGAUUUAAUUUCUAUCACUCUGAAUGCAGAUAUUCCAUUAAAAAGCUGCUUUAAAAAUUUGCCUUUAAUAUGGUAUGAGAGCUGUAGGUUGAGGAAGAAAUAAUUUGUGUUGUUUCUUAUGCAAAUCGUUACUAAAAAUUGUAAUUUGUAAUCUGGAAAAUAAAAGAAUACUGCAACUUAUCUACAUGUACAUUUAAAUGUGCAUAAUCACAACUCUAUUGUCUCUGUUCACACAUGACACUGUAGAAUUUAGGUCAGUGAGAAGCACAAUUUUGUAGACACAAAUUUAAGCGCUUCUAAAGAAAAAUGAUAGGCUAGCAUACAUGUACAUUGAAAAUGCAUGAAACAUGAAUUGGUGUAUUCUUAUUCUUCAUACAUGUAUCUUUCCAAUUAUAUUUAAUUGUUUUGGCUUCCAAUUAUGGGUUUCAUGUGACUUCUAUGGGAGCAAUUGACCAUUAAAUAAAGUAUGCUCUAUAUUUUGUUAAUAAACAUGUCACCUGAAUUGAUUGGCAAUUAUGUUUAUAUAUUUUAAAAGUAUUUUAGAUUUGUCAUUUUUAAAUGUUUUAAUUAGCAUCUUAAACUAGUGAUAAAUUCUUAGAGUUGUAUAUAUUUUAAUGAGCUCUGGAUAUUACAGCAUACUUUCAAGAAGAAACAAACUUUGCUUUAGAAUUGACACUUGAUUCAAUGAAACCAUUUUGCCUAUAAAAGGAAUACAUGUAGAUAUGAGAUACCAUGUAAUAAAAGAGCCUGAAUGUAAAUGCAGUGUUGAAUUGAAAUUCAAUUGAAAAGAUAUCUCACUGUCACAGAGAAAAUUGUAUGUCAUCAUCAAUUUGUACCAAACACUGUGUGAUUUUAAUCAAGUUUAGUGUUGACAGCUGGUGUUGGUAGUGUUAAGUCAAAUUAGCAAAAGCACAACACAGAAUAUGAAGUGAAGUUGGUGCUAGGAUUGACGUAGGUGUUGAACUAGGGAUUAUGUGAUACUGAGGUAUUUCUUGUAUUGCACUAAUACUAAUCAGUGUUUAAGCAAGAAUUAGCAUCCCAAUUCAUGUCCACAACACAAUUACCAACACCAAACUUGGUAUCAUCACUGUCAUCCAUAUAAUUUAGGGUGAUAAUGCCCUACGCCCAUUGUAAGUUCAUAUGGAAAUUAUGGUUGCAUAAAAAGGUGACACUUCAUGAAUGAUAACAUUUUACAGAUGAAUACUCAAUUGUAGGACUUGUGUGUACCCUGUAAUGACUAUGAAACAGACUAUCAAUGUAUCUGUGCAUACAUACUUCAUUAUGAUGUGCAUGUAAUUAAACAAGAUGUGUUGUGGUAUUUCUAUAUUUGUAACAUCAAUUGUGUGUUUUGUCAAACAAGGGAAGAAAUAAAUAAAACAGUCCUAGGCAUAUGGGCUGGCUGUAAAAUUUGAAA